AUGGACGAUUUACAAUUAAAUAUAUCAGUUCCAAAGAAGGAUAAGAAGAAAGUUAAAGGUAUUGAGCAGAAUGCAUCAGAAUAUAAGUUUGUGUCAAAUCCAAAGUUUACUGGUAAAACUAUAGCUAGGAAAAGGCCACAAAAUUUAGCACAAAAGAAUAAAUCAGUAAUAAACAAUGCCCACGGUCCGCCUAAGGUGUCUAAAACUUCGGAACAGGGCCCAGAUAAAUCUGACGAUUUAGCUGCUAAAUUACGAGACCUUAGUGAAAAUAAAGGAAAGUUUCAAGGCAAGAAUUACCAAGACCUUAGUGAUAACCUUCAAAUAAAACAAAAGCCUAGGAGUGGAGGUUGGAUAUCUUCAUUGUUUAAAAACAAUCCACAAGUGCCUCGCAUUGGCCAACGAGCCAUAAAGCCCAUUGUGGAAAAAGUGUUUGCUGGACAUAACUUUUCAGAUCUAGAUAUACACCCACAUAGUGUCGCAAAUUUGCAGCAAAAUCUAGGUUUAAAGGAACUUAUGACAGUACAGCAAAAUGCCGUACCCAUUAUACUACAGGGUCGAGAUGUUCUUAUAAGGUCACAGACUGGUUCUGGUAAAACCCUAGCAUAUGCUCUCCCAAUUAUAGAGGGCCUGCAAGCAAUAAGACCUAAACUCAACAGGCAUGAUGGUAUCAGAGUUAUUGUAGUGAUACCUACUAGAGAACUAGCAGUGCAAACUUAUGAACUCUUUGUUAAACUGGUAAAGCCAUUUACAUGGAUAGUUCCUGGUUUGUUAAGUGGAGGUCAAAAAAGGAAGGCAGAGAAGGCGCGGUUGAGGAAAGGCCUCAGUAUAUUGGUAGGAACACCUGGUCGUAUCAAUGAUCAUUUGAGACACACACAAUCAUUGAACUUUGCCAAAACUGGGUGUUUGGUACUGGACGAAGCUGAUCGCUUGUUAGACAUGGGCUAUGAAAAAGAUGUGGCAGCUAUAGUGAAAGCAAUUGAAGAUCACAAGAAGGCGGCAACUUACGACCCUAUGGCUAUGAUCAAACAAAAUAUAGUAAAAGCAAAUCCUGUAGAUGAUGAAACUAAAGAUUCAAAUGCAAACGAAGAGAUUGGAGAAGUUACUAUUAAAAAACAUAAUUUGACUGAAGUAUUUUUGUCAAAAGAAAAACAAACUAUUUUACUAUCAGCUACUCUUACAAAGGCAGUAGAAAAUUUAGCUGGAAUUACAUUGGUAAACCCAGUAUUUGUAGAUACCUCCGAGGGUAAAGCAGUGAUUGCAGAUUCACUAAAAGCUAACCAAUCUAAUGAACCACCAAAAAAAGUUAAGACUAAUAAGGAUACACCGAAAGUACCAGAAAAUCCAAAAGUAGUCGAGAAAGAACAAGAAAAUGAUACAGAUGAAGAAAAACCGGCCGAAGUGAAAAGAGGUUUAAAAGCAUUCACUGGUCUAAAUCAUCCUGACUUAUUUAAAAAAGAAGACGUAAAGCAAGUAACUACUACUAAAGAUAGUGUUCAAAACUCAGUUGAAGAAGACAGUGACAGUGAUUCAGACUAUGAAUACUUUAAAGUUCAAAAACAACUGGCAGCUAAAGUAAAAGUAGAUAAAAACUCUGAAGACGACGACAGCGACGAAGAGGUUGAAGAAACUAAACUGGCCCCCGAAGUUAAUACUUUUGCGGAAGCACUAAAAACAGCAGUUGGUGAAGAUGAUCUAGUUCUUCCCGCAACUGUUAAUCAAACAUUCCUUAUUGUGCCCAUGAAGCUACGGCUGGUAACAUUGUGCUCCUUAAUUGUAGAACAUUGUGUCGUAAAUAAGAAAGGGGGGAAAAUGAUAGUUUUCAUGGCAACUUUAGAAAUGGUUGACUACCAUUCAGAACUAAUAGAACUGGUGCUAACAGGAAAAGACGUUAAAGUUAAGAAGAAGAAAUUGGAGAAAAGUAAAGCCAAGAAAAGAAAAGCUAAUGAAGAUGAUGCUGAGGACGCAGAGUCGUCCGAAGAAGACUCAGAUGACUUUCAAGUAGACUAUGAGGAACCUUCAGAAGGAGCAUUGAUUCCAGUAGACAUAGAAAUGUUUAGUCUUCACGGAUCUAUGCCGCAUGAACAACGGAUGGAGGUCUUCAAACAAUUCCGUGCUGCUAAAAGCGGUGUUCUUAUUUGUACGGAUGUCGCAGCCAGAGGCAUAGACGUUCCGCGUGUGGAUCUAGUAUUGCAAUACUGCGCACCUGCCUCCGCCACAGAUUAUGUACACAGGGUGGGCCGCACAGGUCGCGCAGCGCGCGUAGGAGCUGCUGUCAUGUUCCUGUUGCCCAGCGAAGCACAGUUCAUCAGGCAUUUGGAGGAGAAGAGGAUCAGGCUUCGUCAGACGGAUGAAACGCGAGCUCUGGAAGCUCUUCGUACAAUAGCGCCCACUGCCACGAGCGUGCAGCGUGCCGCUGUCGCUGUACAAGCGCGCCUUGAGAAAACCACACAUACCAACAAGGAUUGGCUUCUAAGGGCCAGCAGAGCCUAUACUUCGUGGGUUCGUUUCUAUGCGGGCUAUCCACGGGACGUUCGUGAAUAUCUGGACUCCAAGAAACUGCACCUAGGCCAUGCGGCCAAGGCAUUCGCCUUGAGAGAUGCUCCCGCUACUCUCGCACGACGAGUGAAGUCCAACCCCACCAACAAGAAAGAUAGACCUUCUAAUAGACUGACCGUUCAUGAAGAUGAGGAAAAGAAACGGCCGGGAUUCGCUAAAUUAAAAUUUGGUUUCGGUGGUCGUCACAUAAAUAAGCAGAGUUCCAUGCACACAGCAAGUGAGUACGACAGUGGAUUGCCUCCGCUUGAACAUUCACAACCCAAGAAGAAGAAGAGUAAAUAA